AUGCAGGAUGGAUGGUCCAGUAUUAAGAAUGACUCUAUAAUUGUAACUAGUAUUCAUAUUGGUGAACAUAGUAUAUUGAUUAAUGAAAAAAAAAAUGAUUUGUAUUGUUCUGAAAUAGCUAAGGAAAAUAUUGAAUAUAUUAAAGAAACUUAUAAUAAAGAUAUUUUUGCUAUAUGCAUCGAUAAUGAGACAAAAAUGGUUAAUAUGAAAGAUAUUUUGAAGGAAACUUAUCCAAAUUUACUAACAUAUGGGUGUUCCUCUCAUUUAAUGAAUUUAUUAGAAAAAGAGGUUACACCCAAAAUCGCUACCAAGCACAUCAUUGAGAUCCACAAAUAUUUUAGAAAUAAACAUUUACCACAUGGGUGGCUUAAAAAAAGGUCUAAUGCCUUAGCUACCCAAUGA